AUGUGUACAUUCUGGUUAGUGGAAGCUUUGACUCGAGCAGGAAAAUAUGAUAAAAAGUUAUUAGAGAAAGCCGAAAUUAUAUUUGAACGAAUGAUUGGAUACGGAAAUCAUUUAGGAUUGUAUAGUGAAGAAAUUGCUAGAAGUGGUGAACUGUUAGGUAAUUUCCCCCAGGCAUUUACUCAUAUUGCUUUUAUCAGCGAAGAAGAUGAAGCUUUGUUUAACGCUAUUAAUUCGGUGUUAACAGGACAAUGGAAAGAA